AUGUAUGUACUGUCAAGGAGACUGAGAAUAUCAGUUGAUGCAUCAAGAGAUAUUAAGUCUAUACAUGAAUAUGUUAAUGAUGAACUGAGAAGAAUAGAGGUAGAUACAUCCACUUCCACCUCUACUACUAUUGCUGGAAAUGAGACGGUCUCAUUGGCAGACAAAAUUAAAAAAUAUGACAUGGCUAAGCUUAUAGAUUUCUUGCUGGAUUUUAAAAUAGGAACAACCGUAGUACUUGCAGACUUCGCUAAAGAGUCGAAAUAUAGUAUUGGUGGCAAUGGUAUAGGCACUAUUCGUCAAUUUUUGCCAGCAACCUACAAACUCGAAGAUGAUGAUGAGAAGUUAGUGUAG